CAUGUAAACAAACGUUUAAUUUUCUCCGCCGCGAUAUUGUUUCAAUCACAUAUUCGCGAUUUACACUCCUAAAAGACCUGCUGUCUUUCAGGAGUUUUAAUCGCGAAAUUGAUCAAGAAUUACCGCGAAGGAGUCGUUAAGACACGAAGACGCUCCAUUAAGUCACCGCGAAAAUAAGCUGGUAUAUUGUCCGCCGACAGAGGUCCGUUUUAAACUUAACGGGUCUGCAUAAUAAAUGACGUUAUUCAUUUAAUGUUAUAGAUUUUAGUCUAUCAUGGCUAUUUUAUUAUACAUCAAACAGACAUCUUUAAAAAAAACUGCAUAUAAAUAUGACCCCCUGGUCCUGAUGGUAUUGUUUUUAAAGUUGUAAAAAUUGACCAAUUCACUAAUGUUUCCCCUCAGCCUUAUACUUAAUAAAACACUUGACUCUGGUAUAUUACCCUAUGGAUGGAAACAAACAAAUUAAUUCAAUAUAAAAGGAAGUGAUUCAUCUGAUGAUGUCCUGAAUUACAGCCCAAUCUCAAUGAUCUCAAGCUUCAGUAUAGUAUAAACAACUACUUAGUUGAAAAUUCGAUCCUAACCAAGCAUCAGUCUAGUUUUAUAUCUGAUGAUUCUACUGUUAAUAAAUUAUUCUUGAUUUUAGAUGAAAUCGUUAGUAAUAUGAACCAGGGAAAUGAUCUUAGGUUUAGUUUUGUGAUGCCAGCAAAACCUUCGACAAGUUAUGGUACGAAGGUCUUUUGCAAAAGCUUAGAUUGUAUGGAAUUAAUGAAAAUUUUGCCCCUGUUGUUUGAUAAUUUCCUAUAUAUUUCAAAGAGUGACCACUGAAGGCUAUCAUCCAAAGUUAAAUGCUAUUAAUGCAGGGGCACCCAAGGGAUAUGGUUUUGAGCCUCUUCUUUUUCUCUUCUAUAUUAAUGACACCACUGAAAAUGUUUUAUAUUUUGCAGACCACCCCUCCACAUACGUAAUUAUAUAUGAACACCCAGCACAAGCAGCCCAAGCGCUAACAUCACUCUAAUAUUGGUGUAUGGGCAAGUUUAAUCCUAACAAAACCAAACUAGUACUAUUUUCUAGAAAACACAACAAAACUCACACCCCAAUAAAUUUCCAAAACAAUGAAAUCAUUGAUACAACAGAACACAAACUCUCGGUAAUUAACACUUUAGAAAGAUACAACUUUGAAGAAUUGUAUUCUAAAUAUACAUGAAAAAAGCUUUGAGAAGAAAUUUUCACAACAUUUAUUAGACCAAUUUUAGAAUAUGCCGACAUAAUAUGUCAUAAUUACAAUCUUUACAAAACGAAGCAGCUAGAAUUAUAACAGGACUUAGAUCUGGAACAUCACACAAUAUACUAUAUAAUGGACUUGGCGGGAAAACACGAAAACACUGUCAGUAAGAAGAGAUAAACACAAACAAUGAUUUAUAAAAUAAAGCAUGGGCUUUCACCUUAGUACUUACAAAGUAUCCUAAAUUCUUUUGCUGACAAUGAUUACAACAACCUCUAUUCCCACAGACAAACGAGAAUAUCAAAUCCACUGUCAAAUCUUUUGUGUCGCACGAUUAGCACCUCUGAUAAUGGCAUCUUUAACUCCCUACUCUUUUAAUUUUUACAACGCCAAAUACAUAUGUCAGUAUUGAAAUCGUAUCAACACACAUUUUGAAACACAAGGGCUGAUAUUAUUCUUUGUCAAAUUAAAAAUUCCUGUUGUAAUUAAACAUCAAAUAGAAAUGCCAUUACUGAUAUUGAAUCAGCACAAUUUGUUUUCAAAACAGAAGGGUGUACAAUAUUAUAUUAUUCUUUGUCAAAUUAAAAAUUAUUGUUGUAAUUAAAAUUUUGAUUUAUUUAAUGAUAAUCUAAGAAACAAUCCAUAUUGUGUCUGCUCUUUUGAAUAUGAAACCGUCUCACAUUCAUGGAUAUAAGGAUAUAUUGAAAGUCUUUCGUUUAGCACGUUUGUUUAGUACUUUGUGCAAUCAUUUUUCAUGUACAGCAUACAUUUUGUCAAUUGAAGUAUAUAUAUAUAAACAUUUUUCAAUAAAAUUUGUAACUUAACAGUAUUGUCAGCUAUGACCCGUGCAGCUAUAUGCUAUAUGAACUUUUGGUCAAUGUCUGUCAACAUCUGAGUGGCAUGUUGUGUUUAUAUAAUAUGUUCAUGAUAAUCAAAUAAUUGCUGUAAUUGUAUUAUGUGUGCAUUACGUUUGAUUGCGAUGUUUGAUUUUAAAUGUAAUUAAGAUAUAUGAAUGAGUAAUCUCCCUUUGCCUGUUUUGUUUCAUAAUUUUCAUUUCAAAAUCUUAUGUCUGUUUAUUGUAUUUCUACCAGUACAAUAAAGAAAUGUAUCAAACUUAUGAUUUCACAGCAACGACGAUGAGCAGUGAAAAUAUAAGAUUUUGGAAUGAAAAUAUAUAAUUUUGCAGUAAAAAUAUAAGUUUUGCAGUGAAAAUAUAAGUUUUUCAUAAUUAGCCAAUCUAACCUCAAUGAAACUUGUUGAUUUUUCCAGUCGAAGCAAAGAUAGGUAAAUUUCGUUAUUUUGCUGUAAUUCUUAAAAAAUUUUGAAAAAGUACUCACAUGAUGUUAGCUAUUCCUGCACAGACUACUGAUUUCCGCACUUUUUUGAACUACUAAUGUUUCAAUGUUUUUUUAUUUUAUUUUAAGUGUAUAAAAUGCAAUAAAAAAUUGAAUGGUUUCCCGUUUAAUAUAAUAUGUAUUUCACUCGCAUUACAGAAUAUUUCGCACUCUUGGAAAUAUCGAUAUUCUGUCAUAACCGUGAAAUAUAUAUUAUAUUAAACGGGAAACCAUUUAAUAUCCUCUAUAUACAGUAUAAAUAUUUAUAUAUGUAUUUAGAGCGUAGGAUAUGAAUACUUUUUACUAUCAUUUAAAUAUCAUAAGAUGCGUUUCAUUUGUUUAAACAAUCCAUCUACACAUAUCCAUUUAUAUAUCAUCUGAUGUAUAAUACUAUUUAUCUUUAUAUGUAUUUCUGUUAUCUAAUGUUAAGAGAUAUUUAUUUAUUUAAUUACGCAGUUAUCUAAUUGUGACACAAACACACAACAUAUUGAUAAGCCUUAUUAAAGCUAAUCACUCUGAUCAAGUCAAUUAUAGUCAAUAUUUGUCUUAGUGACAUGACGCAAUGCGACAUUGUGGUACAUAUUUUCACAUUUUCUUUAAAUACUUAUUAAACACAAUUGCGUAUUGUCUCUAAUAAACAAUGGUUAUUCCGUGUUCUCGUGACGUUAACCAGCCCGAUUCAAUCACUAGCUAUCUCGACUCAUGACAAUUGGUGCGUCAUACAAACAAGUCUGUACAGUGGAGGGCAAAUCAGGGGAACACGUGGUAUUUUCUUAGUGAAAAUAUGACAGACCAACUGACAGAAGAACAGAUCGCCGAAUUCAAAGAGGCGUUCAGCUUAUUCGACAAAAAUGGCGACGGUACCAUAGAAUGCAGCGAGUUGGGAACAGUGAUGAGGGCACAAGGUGCAAACCCAACGGAAGCUGAAUUACAGGACAUGAUCAGCGAGUCGGACAGAGAUGGUAGUGGAACAAUUGAUUUUCCUGAAUAUCUCGAAAGGAUGGCAUUAAAACUGAAGGAAAAUGAUAGCGAUGUGGAAUUACAAGAAGCGUUUAAAGUGUUUGAUAAAGAUGGAAAUGGCGUUAUCAGUUCCCAGGAAUUAAGACACGUGAUGACAAAUUUAGGGGAAAAACUAACAGACGAGGAAUAUGAUGAAAUGGUACGGGAGGCUGACAUUGAUGGCGACGGGUUUAUCAAUUAUGAGGAACGGUGCUUUAUACAAUGGUACGUUUUAUGUUUUGAUUUACCUCCUAGGCAGCCAGAAUGGAUACCGAACUUAUCGCUGGAAAAACAAAGGGAGAACGAAGAGAGGGUGUUCAGCAGAUUGGGGAGAGAAGAGAUAGAGAGAUGGGCAGACAAGGUUAUAAAAGAGAUAUAUUAUGCUGAGUAUAAAGAGGCGUUCAAUCAGACAGAUGUACACGGAGAAGGUAGCAUCAAAACUGCUGAAUUGGCCAAAGUGAUGAGAACACUAGGUCGGUGUCCGACAGAUGAUGUGUUACGGAUCAUGAUCAACGAGGCUGACCCUUAUGAUAAAGGCACAAUUGUUCUCCCUGACUUCUUAAAAAUGAUGAACAAUCACUCACCUUCGGUUGAAAGUGAUGAAGAGUUGCGUGAACUAUUUAAAGUAUUUGAUAAAGAUGGAAAUGGCUUUAUCAGUGCAGCAGAAUUACGACACGUAAUGACAAAUUUAGGAAUAAACUUAACAGACGAGGAAGUUGAUGAAAUGAUUGGAGAAGCUGAUAUUGAUGGUGAUGGACAGGUCAACUACGAAGAAUUCGUUAAAAUGGCAGAACAACUGACCGAGGAACAGAUCGCCGAGUUCAAAAGUGCUUUCAAUUUGUUCGAUAAAAAUGGCGAUGGUAGCAUAUCAAGCGUAGAGCUUGGGACAGUGAUGAGGUCACUAGGUCAGAACCCGACGGAGGCUGAGGUCCAGGACAUGAUCAAAGAAGUGGACACAGAUGGAAACAGAACAAUUGAAUUUCCCGAAUUCAUCACAAUGAUGGUCAAAAACAUGAAAAAAGAUCCCGAGGAAGAUUUACGGAAUGCUUUUAACGUGUUUGAUAAAGAUAAAAGUGGUUUUAUAGAUAAAACUGAAUUACGACACGUGAUGGUAAGUUUAGGAGAAAAACUUACAGAGGAAGAAGUUGAUGAUAUGAUGCAAGAGGCUGACACCGAUGGUGAUAAAAAAAUUAAUUAUGAAGAAUUUGCGAAAAUUAUGUCGGACAAGUAGAUUCAACAAUAACGCUUCCUGCAUACCGCCCGACGCCUUGACAUUAUCACCACUGGUAUAGUGGGGUAAUCCACUUAAUGCGGACCAGAACUUAGGUACCGAGGCGGUAUCCAAGAAAAAGUUGAAGAAAUAAAAAUUGAACAAUGUUUUGCAUCAGGAGGACAAAGCUCUAAACAGCCAGCACGUGCUAUUCCUGUGUAUAAUUAUAAACAGUUGGACACAAUGCGUGUAAUUAGCUGUAUGAUAAAUCAUUUACCCCAAAUAUUUGAUGUCGGUAUUUUGUUCAUGAAUCAUAUCAAUGUCAGCUGCAUGUAUAUAUGUGUCAAAGAUCAAUGCAAUUGUCUUGACAGUUGCAUAUUUGUAAUUUGUAAUUACAUAAUUUAGAUGAUUAACUAGUACAUGAGGCGUUUCUUGAUUUAACUUGUUUGUGAUCAUAGUGCUGUUGACAUCAUCCAAAUAAAGAAAAAGAAAAGAAAAAGAACCCGUUUAUAGUAUAGAGCGAUCAAAUUGACAUAAUAACAUCAAAUAUAUUAUCACAAUAACAAAAACCUGAUUCUAACUCGAAGUCGAUAUAUAUAUAUAUUCUUUUAACAUAACACAAAAUUGCCUAUAUUAUAUUGUACUGGCAAUGUUACAAAUCGGAAUGUUCACUCUUUCUGUAUUUUCGUAAUUAUUGUUUUUUUUUUCAGUUUUUAAUACAAAAAUGUCCUCAUACAAGAGGGCUCUCACUCGUCAUGCUUUAUUCAUUCGAUAAAAUCAUUUAACAAAAUACGUAAAAUAUACUUGCAUAGAGAAAAAGUAUAAAGAUAGAACGACCAGGUGUUCCAAAUGACUACGCGUCCUCUGGGUCAUCGACUGCACCCAUCAUGCGAAUAAAGGUCAAAUCUAGGUCAAUGUCAAAUCUAAUAACAUAAGAUGUGGUAAUUAGGAUUUGUACUAGUAUAAAAUCUGUACAGUACUAAGUAAUAGCCACGGGUAAAUGCAAUUUACCAAGGCAUUCUUUAUUCCUUUUGUUGGUAUUAAAUUUCUCAUUUAUUUUA